AUGCCUGUACGGGUUGAUAAACUGUGGGAGCUUGAGGCCCCGGCGGCACUGGACGACCCGAAGAGGCUAUAUGCGACAAUUCACCGGCCGGAGCGCACGCAUAAGCGACACCACCUGUACGGGAAAGCAACGGAGGAUAAUCGAGAGGGCGAGAUUGUCGGUGCGCUCGGGCCAGUCAACGGCUCUGUCUGUCUGUCUGUGUACUCAGCCCUGCCCUGCGUGGCCUGCGCUCUCUGCCUUUAUCCCUCCCCGCCUCCGCGCAACUCUCUCUCAACCACCCCACCACCACCGUCUUUAUCGUGCACACAUUUCUUGCAGCUCUGCCCGCGUACAGCAUAUAUCCUUUGCACCAUUUCCAUUUCUCCGCCCAUCCCGCGGCUUAUUGCCCUCUGGCACACAACCCUCCCACCCCGUCGCCUGACCUCGUCACACAAAGCACAAGACAUCCUCACUCCCAACCACAAAGCUCACCCGCGCGGUCUGGCGCCAUCGGACCCUCUCGCCGCCGCACCGCACCACCCCAACGCGCUUCGUUGCCCACACAUCCCUUUUAUGCUCCAAGUCGGCAUCCAUUCCUCCCAAAAUGCUAUACUCGGCUCUCGCUGGCCAACUUUGCUUUCCACGCCUGAUGCGGCGAACGCGCGUACAAACACGCAGCCUCCCUCCCCCUCAUCAACUACACAUCUUUCCCCCAUGACUACCACGACCACCUCGUCCAUAUCACGCCGGAAGCCCAAGAUGACUUUCCGCUCACCCGACGCGUCGACCCCGUUUGCCCUCAAGCUCUCCGCAUAUUCUCCGCCCACCUCCUCUGAAAGGAACGAUCAAACCAAGGAACAGUCUCACUCGAAUGCAUCCUCCCCUGGUCCGUCGUCCGCACCAAGCGUUUCGACCGCCAGCGCUGCCCGCAGCACGUGUUCAUUCUUUACACCAUCGCCGCCGCUAUUCAAGAUGCCUCUCGCCUACCCCUCCUACCACCCCUUCUCAGCGAGCCAACUUCUCCUUGCAGCGACAGCUCGUGCGGACGCCGCUGCGCGUCGUCGUGCUGCUGCUGAGAAUGGUGGUACCGAGUGUGAUGAUACCAGCCUCAAAGGCGACGACACAGCUGUCAACGGCAGUGGACGUCUUGAUGCUGACGGACGCACGCGCCGAAGCUCAUCUCGCACUCGCCGACCCGUUGCAAAGUUGCGUGAUGUGGUCGACGGUGAGGAAGGUGCUAACCAGGAGAACGCUAACAAAGAAGAUGACACCAACGGUGCCAAGAGCCCCAAGCGGAAGAGGGCUGGUGGAGGCGCCGGUAGCCGGAAGAGGCGCAAGGAGGCUCAGAUUGCGCAAGCUGAAGUCCAGCCGAGGAGGGAACGCCAGAGACGUGGGGCUGCUGCAGCUGCGGCUGCCGCGCUGGCCGAAAACGCUGAGGCGGUGGCCGCUGCACUUGACCGGGACUCCACGGAGGCUCCGGAGCAAGAUGAAGUACCCAUGAGUGUCGAUGGCUCAGCUGCACCUCCAACUCCGGAAGACGACGAAAAGGAAUCCGAAGCUACAGCGCCCAGGAAUUUAGCUGGUACGAAGUCUGCGCGCGGUAAACGCCAAACUCGGCCCAAGCGUUCUCGCAACACGUCAGGUAACAAGGUCGAUGCUAAAGAACCGACUCCGACACGCACGACCCGGCAAUCGCGUCGCCGAGGGACCAGUGAAACCGGCAGUGAAGAGACAGCAGCAAACUCCAGUACGAACGGAAGUGCGCCUGUCACCGAAACACCUAUCACGGCGAAAUCUGAGGCUCAGGACGACGAAGUUCCUGCUCCCACGCCCGUGGAACCCAGCGCACCUGUGGACGACUUCAACGCAAAUAUCGAUCCAGCGCUGCUUGCUGAAGACGCGUCUGUUGCUGCUGCAUCAACCGGAUCUGCAGCUGCGGUUCCGCGAUCUGCGUCCCCAUGAAGUUUUUAACUUUAAUUUACGUGUUUUCAUCACGUGAUCUUAUAUCUCUUUAUUCUGGAAGUCGGAGAUUUUGAUGUUUCUUGGAUCUCUCUUCCGGUUUAGGCGUAUCUGAACUGCGUCGUAUCUCUUGUGGGGAUCUUAUAUCGAAUAUGCCGAGGGAUGGAUUUCUUGAAUCUUGACCGGUCAAUCGGUUCUUCAUGUCCAUCGCUAUUCUGAUUUCCACGAUUCAUCUGUCUUAUUUCUUGCUCGACUUAUUCAUCUCUAUUCUUAAUCCCGUGUUGUUUUGUGUACGCUGUACACUAUUCCUAACGACCACCGCGACCGUCCGAUCAUCCCAUUCCCGUUCCCGUUCUAUCACCUAUCAUCCUCCACAUUCCUCCUCUUCUCCUAUCGCCGUCCUUUCUCAUUGGGUGUACUCUCGAGCAUAUCGAAUUGCUUUCCGAUUUUUGCUCCUAUCUAUUCUCGGUCUAUCUGCCCCUCCCACCAUCUCUUCCUAUCCAUUCCAGUCUAAAUCGUCUUACCAUCUCUCCUAGCCUCGUCUCGUUUCCUUUAGUCAUAUCAUGAUCUUGGUCCUAUC